GUUGUUUUUACCUUGGUAAUUGUUUAAAUCAUACUGCCCUGUAUGGCCUGCUUUUAGUUUUCUUAUUCAUUGUGUGAGCAAGCUGCUACUUUUAGAUUCAUUAAACACAUUUUAUUUUGAUCUUAGUUUUUUCUUAUUCAAGAUUUUAUUGAACCUCUUAAAGUGUUGCAUGUUUCCUUUACUGAACGACUACUGUAUAGAAUUAUCUUCAAACUGACUACGGCCUUGUAGUUUAUCUCGUCAUUUUCCAUUAGGAAUUAAAAAAGGAAAUCCUACAAUCAUUGAGGUAAUUCAUAGACGGAAAUUUUUUUUGUUUUUUUUUUUUUUUUUUUUUUUUAUCGUUUAUUUGCAAUUGUCUCUUUUGACUCCAUCAUAUAGUCUAUCGCUUGCGUUUGUUCAAGUGUUGCUUCUUUCUUUCAUAAAAGCUUUGUAAAAGUGCUUUUUACCUUACUAUAACACAUAUAUUUAUUUUUACAUCUGUUUAUAGGAUUCUCAAGUUCAACAUGACUCAAAUUGCUCCUAUCGUUUUAGUCACUGGCAUCAACGGUUUUUUGGGAUCUCAUACAGUAGAAGCCUUACUAUCUCAUGGGUAUCGAGUUCGUGGGACCCAUCAGCAUUCCCAUGACCCCCAAUGUCUACUCAGAAACCGUCCUUCUUGGAAUGGUAAGGUAGAAAUGAUUCACAUUCCGGACCACCGAGUCCCAAAUGCAUACGAUGAAGUUAUUCAGGGUGUCGAUUAUGUAAUUCAUGUAGCUGCGGAAGUCCAUUCGAAUGGAGAAACUCCUGGUAUUGAUCCUCAUCACACUCUCGCUGUUAGUAUCAAGGGUACAGAAAAUGCUUUGAACGCAGCAUUGAAAGAGCCAAAGGUCAAGCGUUUUGUCUAUAUUUCAUCUGAUGCAGCAUUGAAAGGACCAAAAAAUUAUAAUGGAGAUGGCUAUGUGUUUACCGAAAAAGAUUGGAAUCCUUUAAGUUUGCAGGACGCCGAAGCUUCCAAUGAUGAAGGUUUAAAUUACACGGUAUGUAAAAAGCUUGGAGAGCAGACUGUACACAAAUUUCAAACUAUUCAUAAACCCCAUUUUCAAGUCAUUGCUUUGAAUCCUCCUCUCAUCCUAGGACCAGUCUUUCAUUUGGAAUCCGUGAAGCAUCUAAGUUUUUCAGCAUGGUUCUUUUGGCAGCUAAUUAACGGACGAUAUGAGAAUGCCCCCAAGACAGAAUUCUAUAACUAUGUGGAUGUGAGAGACUUGGCGAAAGCAGAAGUGCUUUCGCUCACUGCUGAUACCAAGGAACCUAGAGUCAUUAUAUGUGCCGGUGACCUAGACAAUGAUAAAAUCGUUAAUGCGAUUAUUACCCGAUUUCCUCAAUUUCAAGAAAAGAUUGCGAAACCCAAUGGACUCCCCUCCACCUGCGAUUAUCAAAUCGAUGCUUCACUAUCCAAGUCCGCUCUAGGCCUCCAGUAUCGUCCUCAUGAAGAAACGUUUUAUGAUACCGCUGAAUCUUUAUACCGUCUUUCUGGUUUUGUUGAAUAAUUUAAAUGCAUUAUUCCUCUACUAGAUUUUUUAUCUUAUCAUUCUGCUUUUUUUUCAUGAUCGUGGAAAUUUACUAAUUCAAUUUCAUUUACACGUAACAAACAUUAGCAAUCGUAUUCGUCG